AUGACGUUGUGCGCUGAUUUCGAUGCGCUCCGGGCGUCGGCGGCGGACGUGCGGAUCGUCACGUCGGACGGACAGAGCAUCGCGGCUCAUUCCUGCGUUCUUGCCUCGGCGUCGCCGGUGCUGGAGCGCAUGAUCGACAGGGCGCGGCGCGGGUGGGGCGCCCACUGCACCAUCCGCGUCCUCGGCGUCUCCUUCGACGCCGUCCGCGCCUUCCUCCAUUUCCUCUACUCCGCCAAGGUGGCGCCGGAGGAGGAGGAGCUGGUGGGCGCGCACGGGACGCAGCUGCUGGCGCUGGCACACGCGUACCGGGUGGGGUGGCUGAAGCGGGCGGCGGAGGCCGCGGUGUCGGCGCGGCUCACGCCAGAGCGCGCCGUCGACAUGCUCAAGCUCGCCAGGCUCUGCGACGCGCGGCGGCUGUACCUGCGCUGCGCGCGGCUCGCCGCCAAGGACUUCUCCGCCGUCGAGCGGUCGGACGGAUGGCGCUUCGCCCGCCGCCACGACAUCGCGCUCCAGCUCGAGCUCCUCCAGCUCCUCGAGGACGCCGACCAGCGCAAGGAGCGGUGGGCGCGCGAGAGGGCCGCGCAGGAGGCGUGCCGGCAGCUGGGCGAGGCCAUGGCCUCCCUCGAACACAUCUUCCCCGGCGACGGCGCCGUCUGCGCGGACGCGCCGUGCGCCGAGGCAGGGUGCACUUGCCGGGGCCUGCAGCUGCUGAUGCGGCACUUCGCGACGUGCCAGAAAAAGGUGGCGCCGGGCGGCUGCGCGCGGUGCAAGCGCAUGCUGCAGCUCUUCCGCCUCCACGCCUCCGUCUGCGACCGGCCGGACCAGGCCUGCCGUGUGCCGCUCUGCAGCCAUUUCAAGGCGAAGGCGCAGACGGAGAAAGCGGACAAGACAUGGCGGCUUCUGGUGAGGAAGGUGACGAGGGCGAAGGUGAUGUCCUCCUUGGCCACUAGGAAGGUAGUGCCGGAGGUUGUGGCCGAGUCAUGGACGAGAUACAACGGCAGAGUGGCCAAGUUGAGAUGA